ACCCUUCCUUAUCCAUCCAUUUCACUCCAUCUGCCUCUGCUUCAGUAGAAUUCAAGGCUUCUAUCUAUCUAUCCUUGUAGCAAUGGCAACAAUGGCGUCGACCUCCAUCGUCUUAUCCGUGAUCGUCUUCCUCCUCCUUUUGAGUGCCAUCACUAGUCAAGCCGACGGCUCUGGCGGUGGCAAACCUAAGGCGACAGGGCUCAUAGUGGAAGCGUGCAAGAACGCCUCGGACAAGAACGAAAACAUGGGUGUCACACAGGAAUUCUGUUUGUCGACCCUCCAGUCAGACAAUCGGAGUGCCGAGGCCAAAGACCUCCCUGGCUUGUUGUUCGUGUCCCUCGACAUCCUUAAGGGCCGUGUCAUUGAUGCUGGCGUCAAGGUGAAGAAAAUGCUGCAAAAUGCUAAGAAAGGCACGGUAACGAUGUAUGCUCUGAAUAUUUGUGAGGUGGAAUAUGAGAAGAUGGUGAGCAGGCUCAACAUCUGCCAAGCCGUGAUUAAGGAUGACAAGGAGGGGGGCCUGCUGUCCUUCCGUCGGCUGUACCACUGUGUGUAUAUGACCGACUACAAUAUCCAAGAGUGCGGAUUUGAGCUUCCAAAUGUGCGAGGGGCGGAGGCGGUGCUCAGUCAAAACGAUGGACUGCACAUUGAGCUCAACCUCAACACCUGCUUGGUUGCACUAUAUUAUGAUGUCAAGUAGAGUACGUAUUAAUUAGAUUACUACUACUGUAUGAUGUUAAUUUGCUUUUAAUUAUCUGCCAACGAGAAAAGAUGUACUCUUAUUUGAGAUAAUAAAAUAAUCAUAACGUUUGUUGUGGUGUGGCACAAAUUUUA